AAUACUCAUUUUCAGUCAUUUUGCGUAAGAGUGUUGUGGUUUCGCGUACUCCCUAGCCAUUCCCCAAUACCAAGGAUGCUAGUGCAGGGUAAAGUAGCAUUGAUAACCGGGGGUGCACGGGGCAUCGGGAGGGCCAUAGGCGAGGAGUUGCUGCGACAUGGGGCAAAGGUGUGUUUGGUGGAUCUACUCAGUAAUGAGUUGUCUCAGACGGAAAAUGAGCUAAAGAAGGAGUUUGGUGAGGAUAGGGUGGCAACGUCUGUCGCCGACGUAACCAAGGAGGAGCAAUUCACGGCAUCAUUUGAACAGACACUUUUGAAGUUUGGGAAACUUGAUAUCCUGGUGAACAACGCGGGCAUAUUGAACGAAAAACGCUGGGAAGCCAUGCUGGACGUCAACCUGGGAGGAACUAUCCGCGGCACACUCCUGGCCAUGAAGUUCAUGAACCCGGAGGCUGGCGGUGUUGUUGUCAACGUAGCAUCUAACGCAGCUAUAUUUCCAACUGCAGGCGUAAUGCCCCUCAUCCCGGUAUACGCUACUGCUAAGGCCGGGGUCGUCACCUAUACGAGGUGUUUUGCGCUGAACCAAGAUCUUAUAGCUAAGAAGAUCCGGUUGGUAAGCGUGUGCCCCACAGUCACGGAAACCAACAUGCUGAGAGACAAUUAUGAAGGCAGAUCCUGGGACAAUGAUGCUUUAUUAAACAUCGACAUGUCUAAUGUGAUGCAGACUUCCGAAGUUGCAGUGAUAUGUCACGAGUUGAUCAAAGACGAAACGAACAGUGGAAAGGUAGCUUUGAUAGAAAAUGUAAAUCAGUACAAGUUCGUCUGAAGACAGCAUAUUCUAACCUCAAACAGAGUAAUUUCAAAAGAUGUAGUUGUAUAAACGACAACUAUACGGGUUACAGGCUAAUCGGAACGUGCUGUCAAAGGUCAUUAUACGGAUCCGGGACUUUCCCUCUCGGACAUUCUUCCCGAUGGAUAAUUCCUCCUAUGGGCAUUUCCCACCUUGGACAUUUCAGUCCAUGAACAUUUCCCCCUGUGGACAUUUCUCUCUAUGAACAUUUCCUUCUAUGGCCAUUUCCUCUCAGGACAUUCCCCAUAUGGACAUAUCCCCUUGGGAGAUCUCCCCCCCCCCCCCCCGCCAAUGGACAUUUCCCACUUGAACAUUUACCCCUAUGGAUAAUUCCUCCUUCGGAUAUUUCCCCUUAUGGGCAUUUCCCCCUAGAACAUUCCCCCCCCCCCCCGGACAAUUCCCCCUGUGGACAUUUAAACAUUUCCCCUAGAACGCUUUCCCUAUGGACAUUUCACCUAGGACAUUUCCCCCAAGAAUAUUUACCCCUAUGGAUAAUUCCUCCUUCGGAUAUUUUCCCCUAUGCACAUUUUCCCCCAUGUACAUUUCCGCUAACAUGCCCCUAACAUAUGUAACCAGGUUAUUUGAUAAAAUAUGUUGGGUAUUUACUUGAUCCACUGAUUAGCAUAAUAAAUAAGCAAAGUAACCCAGAGGAAAUCCAUUUUGACGCUAAAUAAAUUACAGU